AUGUGCGAAUAUAGUUGCUGUACCAAGUCUGAGAGCCGAGGAGGACAAGGCUCCCCAGAACAGCCGAUGAAUCUAAACGGCCCCGACGACCAUAUCCACUUAGAUGAGUCCAGCAGCGGGGAAGAGAAACAGGAUCACGGCGAGGAGGGGAGCAAACAGAGCAACCAAGUCGACGGCACCGAGUUCGAACAAGACGACACCUCACAGUGUGAUGAACUUCUAGGGAACGACGAAUGCGCAGCCCAAACAGAAUUUCCUGCUUCCGAGGACUCCAUCGAGGAUGCUUUCAUUCAAGAGCUUGGAACAUGUCUUGACCGAAGUGGUUUUAAAUGGGUCUACAUGAGCACGCGCAUGAUCACAAACACCCUCGUGGUCGGGUUCCUUCAAUACCCUGACAAGAACAAGGCGGAGGACCUCAAAAGAGAGCUUCGUAUGGCUAUGAAGGGUAGAGAGCUACCCAUCAAAUUUGUCGAUGUAACCUCCUCCUGGAAGUGCGACUAA